GUCGUAGAGACAUCGAGGCGACGAUAUCGAGAGAUCAAAAGAACAAGGAAAAAAAAGAAGAGAAGAGAAGAGAGAGAGAGAGAGAGAGAGAGACCUUUACUUACGAGUGACAUCUUUCUGGGACGAGAGUACGAGAGUACCAGGCGACACACCAGUCUACACGAGAUUUGAAAUGAUGCUGUCCGUACGAAGCGCUGUUGCAUUGGUGUUGAUGCUCUUCAUCUUGGCGGAAUAUUCGGGAGCGAUGCCGACGACCGACAAAGAUAAGGAAAGGCUUUUGAAUUCUGUGGAACUGAUGGACGACGACGGCAGAGUCGAUACAGCCCUGAUGGAUUACCUGCUCGCCAAGCAGAUCGUGAAGCGCUUCCGCAAUCAACUGGACAUUGGCGAUUUACAGCGCAAGCGGAGCUACUGGAAGCAGUGCGCCUUCAAUGCCGUGUCCUGCUUCGGUAAAUAGGCGCGUAGCAGGACGAGGGUAAAGCCGGGCGAGAAGCGCAAGAGAAGAUCGCCACGUACACGUUUAACGCCGGAAAGUUUCGAAACCCCGCGGACGCGCGGGAAAAUUUUACGGACGGGCUCGCAAAUUCGCCCGCGAACAAAAACAAAUUCGCCCGCGAUUCGACAGGAUAUUAUUUAAAACGGUAACAACGAUUAUAAUUUAGCUAUUAAAUUAUACGAAGGUGAAUCGCGUAUUCCCCGGCAGAACGCCUCGCGCGUGUAAUCCGUUUAACAAAUAAUUCGACAUAUAAAAUAAUAGCCGCACAACUGUAAAGUAUUUAAGCGCGAAUAAUCCUUGUUUCAGCGGAGAGACUUUGUGACGCCGAAAUACGUUUGGCGAUGAAAGGCGUCCCGGUGCUCCGAUAAUGUUCCGAUUAAAAAAAAAAGAAUCAAUCUCAAUUAAUUUUAAUAAACGCACAGUCUGGCAUAAUUUUGCGCAUAAAUUAAUUCACCGGAAAUCAAUUCUCAUCGGCUGUAUCGCAUCCCUGCGCAACGCGUAACGCGUAACGCAACGGUAACGCGCUCGCUGAAGCUCCGGAGCGAAGAAUAUAAAUUACGAAAGAACGAAAUUGGUCGGAAAUGAGCAACGCGAGCGCACGGCGAACACGGCGACAGGGGCGAGCAAAUAAAUCUCUUUGCUAAAACACGGCGAUGUAAAUUUGAGAAUCGGUUCUUUCCGAGAAUUCCAUUUCUCUCGACGAUCGCACUCUCCGCGCGCGCACACACACACACACACUUCUUCCGCCACACUCUCUCCGCGGCGGGCGCAUCUGUUCUCGAAACUUUCCGGCACGACGACGCGCAUGACGAAGAAAGAGAAAAUCCUUCCUCUCAUCCCCUCGCAACUUGUCCGAUCUUAAAGCUUUCAAGAUUAAAGUAGCUGCGAAAGUCACUACGGCUAUUUUUUCGUACAACUUCCCUUUUGCAUCGCUCCCCGCUCUUCGGCAAGCGCGCGAAGCGAGAAGAAAAGAAGA